GUGACAGAUGAGGUGAAUGCACGAAUCCGCAAGGCUCGGUUAGCGUUUGCUAAAGUGAGACACCUAUGGCGUCAGAAUGGUUUAUCCCUGAAUCUGAAGGGACGUGUGUAUCAAGCUGCAGUACGGGCUGUUUUAUUGUGUGGCUGUGAGCCUUGGCCUAUUCGAGCAGCGGACCUGAGACGUCUUCAGCACCAGAAGCUGCGUUGGUUGGGACAUGUGUUACGUAUGCCGAACCAUCGUUUGCCGAAGACAGUGCAGUUUUCCAUCCCCAAUUCAGAGUGGUGUAAUCAGAGGGGUGGCCAACCCUUGACUUGGCAGAGGAGUAUGAAGGAGAUCACGAAACGCUUGGUGCUGUCGGUGAUGAUGAUGAUGAGUGGUCAUGCGGUGCUGUUAGAC